AUGAGGGCUAAUCACUUUCUCCUUUUCUGCAUUUUCGUUACCAUCACCAUUGUAGUUCAUGCCCAAGGCCAAUCAGGUUACAUCAGCAUCGAUUGUGGCAUACCUCCUUACGAUACCCCUGAAGACAUUGUGACUAAAAUCAAAUACGUCUCCGAUGAUCCUUUCAUAACUACUGGCGUAAACUUCAACGUCUCUAAGGAAUACGGCUAUCCGAAAAACCCGGUUUUGCCAUUCCCACUUGGUGAUGUCAGAUCUUUUCCCCAAGGAAACAGGAACUGUUACACCUUAACCCCCUCCGAUGCAAAAGGGAAUCUUUACCUCAUCAGAGCUUCCUUUAUGUAUGGAAACUACGAUGGUAAAAAAUCUUUGCCUGAGUUUGAUCUCUAUGUAAACGUGGAUUUCUGGUCGACAGUGAGUUUCAAGAAUGCUUCUGAUCAAGUCACCAAAGAGAUUUUAAGCUCUGCAGAGUCAGAUACAAUAUAUGUUUGCCUUGUGAACAAAGGUAAAGGCACUCCUUUUAUUUCAGGCUUGGACCUCAGGCCAGUUAACAGCUCCAUCUAUGAUACUGAAUUUGGAAGAAAUGUCUCUUUGGUUCUUUAUAAAAGAUGGGACAUUGGAUAUCUAAACGGAACAGGACGGUACCAAGACGAUAGAUUCGAUCGUAUUUGGUCUCCAUACUCCUCAAAUAUCUCUUGGAACUCCAUCAUAACAUCCGCCUAUAUCGAUGUUUUUCAGAAUGGUUAUUGGCCACCUGAUGAAGUUAUAAAGACUGCUGCUUCCCCUAAAAGCGAUGAUGAUCCGUUGGAAUUGGUCUGGACAACAGACGAUUCAAAUGCUCAGUUUUACGCGUAUCUCUACUUUGCGGAACUUGAAACACUUGGGAAGAAUGAGACUAGAAAGAUCAAGAUUCUGUGGAAUGGUUCCCCUGUUUUUGAAGCUCCUUUCGUUCCUUCUUCAAAGUACUCAAUGACGUUUUCCAAUCCAAAAGCUUUCACUGGUAGUAAUGAUCACUUGAUUUCUCUUCAGAAGGCCCCAGAUUCAACACUUCCACCAAUUCUCAAUGCUAUUGAGAUCUUCACCGCACAACCUCUAGAUGAAUUUUACACCACAAUCCAAGACGUUAAAGCCAUUGAAAACAUAAAAUCAAUGUAUAAAGUGAAUAAGGUUUGGAGUGGUGAUCCUUGCUCUCCAAGGCUGUUCCCUUGGGAAGGUAUUGGAUGCAGUUACACCAAUAAUAAUCCUCAAAUCAAGUCCCUGAAUCUUAGCUCAAGCGGAUUACAAGGACCAAUAGUCCCAGCAUUUAGAAAUUUCUCCUUUCUCGAGUCCUUGGAUUUAUCUAACAACGAGCUACAACAAAACGUGCCUGAGUUUUUGGCUGAUCUAAAACAUUUGAAACUUCUGAAUUUGAAAGGAAAUAAUUUUACUGGAUUUAUCCCAAACUCUCUUAUGAAAAAACUAAAGGCUCGUCUACUUGACCUCAGUGUGGAUGACCAAAACCUUUGCAACUCACCUUCAUGUCAAGACAAGAAGAAAAACAACAUGGUCGUGCCAAUAGCUGUAGCUAUAUCAGUUAUCAUUCUCAUUGUUGUCUUGGUUAUCAUAUGGAUCAUACUAAGGCAAAGAAAAAAAGGUGCCUAUUCAGGAUCACUACUGCCUUCAGGGAAGAGAAGGUUCACAUAUAACGAGCUCUCUAGCAUUACAAACAACUUCAGUAAAGUGAUUGGUAAAGGAGGCUUUGGUAUUGUGUACCUCGGUUCCCUUGAAGAUGGGACUAAGAUUGCUGUAAAGAUGAUCAACGAUGCAUUGGGAAAACCUAAAGAGACAUCAUCAUCAUCCAGGGCUUCUAACCAAUUCCAAGUCGAGGCAGAGCUUCUUUUGACAGUGCAUCACCGGAACUUAUCUUCCUUUGUUGGAUACUGUGAUGAUGAUCGCAGUAUGGCUCUCAUCUACGAGUACAUGGCCAACGGCAACUUGCAAGAUUAUCUUUCAAGUGAUUAUGCAAACGAUCUUAGCUGGGAAAAGAGACUCCAUAUAGCGAUAGACUCUGCACAAGGUUUGGAGUACUUGCACGAUGGAUGCAGGCCAGCAAUAGUACAUAGAGACGUUAAAACAGCAAACAUACUAUUAAACGAUAACUUGGAAGCCAAGAUUGCUGAUUUUGGCCUUUCUAAGGUGUUCCCUGAGGACGAUCUCAGCCACGUCGUGACUUCCGUCAUGGGCACUCCCGGCUACGUUGAUCCUGAGCACUACAGAACAUUUGUGCUGAAUGAGAAAAGCGACGUGUACAGUUUUGGGGUCGUCCUUCUUGAACUCAUUACUGGCCAACGAGCCAUCGUCAAAACCGAGGAAGGAGAAAACAUCAGCAUUGUUCACUACGUUUGGCCGUUCUUCGAGGCCAGAGAACUAGACGGCGUCGUGGAUCCUCUGCUUCGCGGCGACUUCUCGGAUCACUCAGCAUGGAAGUUUGUGGAGGUAGCAAUGUCUUGCGUCAGAGAGAGAGGAUCCACUAGACCAACAAUGAACCAGAUCGUGGCGGAGCUGAAACAGUGCUUAGCCUCCGAGCUGGAUCGUGAGCCACAGAGGCAGUGAAAGAGAUGGCAGAGAAGUAUGUAGAUGUACGUAGGACUAACCAAAAAUUGAUUAAAAGAGGUUUGAUCAAUUUAUGCUUUAUAUACAUUAUUUGUGUGGCCUGAUUCAUAUUUGAUUGACAAGAAUUAUUAUAACACUUCUUAUUUUUUUUA